CACACGAGGGCUCCCCCCAUCUCCCCCCGACAUCAGUGCGUCCCGCUUCCAGCUGCUGCAGCCGAGCCUUCACCGCCUCGGCAUCCAGUCGCCCCCUGCUCCGGCCCGGCAUGGCGACCCCGACCCAGGCCCCCACAAAGGUUCCUCAGGAACCUGACCCAUUUUACUAUGACUAUGACACUGUGCAGACGGUGGGCAUGACUCUGGCCACUAUAUUGUUCCUGCUGGGCAUCCUCAUCAUCAUCAGCAAGAAGGUGAAGUGCAGGAAGGCGGACUCCAGGUCUGAGAGCCCAACAUGCAAAUCCUGUAAGUCGGAGCUUCCCUCCUCAGCCUCGGGCGCAGCCUGGCUGCUGGUCCUGGAGAAAGUGGAUCCUUUGGGCCUGGGGGCACCAGUGAAACCGAUGGCGGCGGAGUGUCUGGAGCUGAAGGGCCAGGUGUAG